AUGCCUGCCCUACGGACCUUCGCCCCGCUCCUGCGGUCGGCUCGCCUUUCUCUCCGUCAGAACCAGAACCCGCUAGUCUCGCUGCAACGGGAGACGAGGACACCAGCCCUCAACUUCGCUCGCAACUACGCCGUCUACGAGCGCAACAAGCCCCACGUCAACAUCGGCACAAUUGGUCACGUCGAUCACGGAAAGACAACUCUCUCCGCCGCCAUCACCAAGAGGCAAGCCGAGAAGGGCCUGGCCAGCUACCUCGACUAUGGCGCCAUCGACAAGGCCCCAGAGGAGCGGAAGCGUGGUAUCACCAUCUCGACCUCUCACAUCGAGUACUCGACCGAGAACAGGCACUACUCCCACGUCGACUGCCCUGGUCACGCCGAUUACAUCAAGAACAUGAUUACCGGUGCCGCUUCUAUGGAUGGUGCCAUCAUUGUCGUUGCCGCCUCCGACGGCCAGAUGCCCCAGACUCGUGAGCAUUUGCUCCUCGCCCGCCAGGUCGGUGUCCAGAGGAUCGUCGUAUUCGUCAACAAGGUCGACGCCCUCGAGGACGCUGAGAUGUUGGAGCUCGUCGAGAUGGAGAUGCGCGAGCUGCUUACCUCGUACGGCUUCGACGGCGACAACACUCCUGUCGUCCUCGGUUCCGCCCUCUGCGCUCUUGACGGCAAGCGCCCCGAAAUCGGCGAGUCCAAGAUCGACGAACUCAUGAAGGCCGUCGACGAGUGGAUCCCGACCCCCGAGCGUGACACCGACAAGCCCUUCCUCCUCUCCAUCGAGGAUGUCUUCACCAUUGGCGGCCGUGGUACCGUCGUUUCGGGCCGUGCGGAGCGGGGCACUCUCAAGAAGGACUCGGACGUCGAGAUUAUCGGCAAGGGCACCGAGAUCAUCAAGACCAAGGUCACCGACAUCGAGACCUUUAAGAAGUCGUGCGACGAGUCGCGCGCCGGCGACAACUCGGGUCUCCUGCUCCGUGGUGUCCGCCGCGAGGACAUCCGCCGCGGCAUGGUCGUUGCUAAGCCCGGCAGCGUCACCGCCCACAAGAAGUUCCUCCUCUCGCUUUACGCGCUCACCAAGGAGGAAGGCGGCCGCCACACCGGUUUCCACCAGAACUACCGCCCGCAGAUGUUCAUCCGCUCGGCCGACGAGGCCUGCACACUCCACUUCCCCCCGGGCACCGAGGACGCCGACUCCAAAAUGGUCAUGCCCGGCGACAACGUCGAGAUGGUGGCCGAGAUCAACCACCCCAUCGCCAUCGAGGCCGGUAUGCGUGUCACCAUCCGCGAGGGUGGCCGCACCGUCGCCACCGCCCUGGUGACCCGCAUCGUCGAGUAA